CCCCCCCCCUCCCGUUCGAAGGGCAUCAGCGACAGUCGUAAAAGCGUUAUCCUUCCUCCAUCACUAGCACACUGACAUGCGCAAUCUGCGCACGGGCAUCGACAGCAGCAGCAGCAGCAGCAGCCGCCGCCGCCGCCGCCGUGCGCCUCCUCCCGCGGCCCCGCUCCGUCCGAACGGCUCCGGCCGCCGCCGCUCGUAGAUGAGCUGGCGGACAGCGCGCGGCGAGUCGCACAGAGAGAGAAAGAGAAAGAGAGAGGGAGAGAGAGGGGGAGAGAAAGCAACAUGUCCCGUCGCAAGCAAGCCAAGCCGCAGCCCCUCCGGUCAGAGGAAGAGGCGACGUGCAGCGGACUCCUCGUCGCGAGCGGCACCACGGCCCUCUGUGACGAGGGAGAGGAGACCGAAAGACGCCGCCACAGCUGCGAGGACACACACACCUGUGAUAAAUGCUGUGCCGAGUUCCUCACUCGGACUGAACUGAGUGAACAUCACACAGUCUGCACUGAGCAUCCCUUGGUGCUGAUAGUAAAGGGCGACGACGGGGCGCCGGCUCUGGAGGAGUCUCCUGCCGGAGCCUCUCCGGUUCCCAGCGUGGCGUCCAGUGACUCAUCCGUGGCCGGGUCCUUGCAUGCGGGAUUUGAACCGCGGGAGACGCCGGCCAAGGACAAUGUCAGCCUGGACGAUUUAGAGGACGGUGACGUGGAGAGCGUCGAGGCCAUGGAGUUCGAGCGGGACAAAUACGCGGAUCUGGCCGAGUCCGCCCCCGCCGCCCAGGUGCCGGCUGCCGGCGGCCACGGCGUGAGCACAAACGUGACGCUGGAGAUCCUCCACAGCACCAGGGUGGCCGUCGCCCAGUUCUCCCAGGGGGUCGGCAGGGCUGCCACCGGGGCCAAGGCGGCUUCGGCGGCCAUCCCGGCCAUCCUGGACCACCUGCUGGCUCUGCAGCAGCAACAGGUCCACCAGCUGCAGCUCAUCGAGCAGAUCUGCAGCCAGGUCGCAGUCAUGAACCGACACCCGGCACAGGCGGCGCUGAACCCGCUCACCCGAUCUCUGUCCCUGGCGCCGAACCCUUCCCCUUGCCGAGGCACCGCCUCGCCUCCCGUCCCGCCGCUGUCGGGGGCGAUGCCCCCCGCUGUCGGCGGCCAGGCCGCGGCGUCUCUGGAGAAGUCCCGCGGUCUCCCCUCCUCAACUGUAUGUCAGUCCGCCUUGAGAGAUGUGACGUGCACCUCGGCUCCCUCGGAAAAAACCAGCCCCCCGCUCUCCAGCUGCGGCAGCGGCGCGCUGCUGCCUCCCUACGCGGGCCCGCACGCCGGCGCCGUGAGCUGUCCCCAGACACUGAGCUCCUCCUGCACUCUCCCCCUGGGGCCGAGCAGCCUCCUCAGCUCAUCCUCCAGCCUCCCAUUUCUACCUCAGAGCCCCCCGAGCGGCGUCAUUUUCCCCAAUCCCCUGGCGAGCAUCGCCGCCACAGCCAACGCACUUGACCCCCUCGCAGCCCUGAUGAAGCACAGGAAGGGCAAGCUGCCCAGCGCGCCCUUGUUCGAAACCAAGCCCGGCCCAGAAGAACCCUUCUUCAAGCAUAAAUGCAGAUUCUGUGCCAAAGUGUUUGGCAGCGACAGCGCUCUGCAGAUCCACCUGCGCUCCCAUACAGGGGAGCGGCCCUUCAAGUGCAACAUCUGCGGCAAUCGCUUCUCCACAAAAGGCAACCUAAAGGUGCACUUCCAGAGGCAUAAAGAGAAGUAUCCUCACAUUCAGAUGAACCCUUACCCGGUACCAGAGUACCUGGACAAUGUGCCAACAAGUUCUGGGAUUCCCUACGGAAUGUCCUUCCCUCCAGAAAAACCCUCCUCCUCGUGGCUGGAGAGCAAACCUGUUGUAGCAGCUCUGCCAGUGGGCCUUCCGCUUUCCUCCACUAUUACCAGCACCGGAGGCUCAAAUGACUCUGUAAGCGUAACACCAUCCGUCAAAUCUCCCUGCCAGCCAGGCCCGGGUGAAUGUGUAUCUUUGUCACCCAACCACAGGGGCAGUGAGGCGGAUCUCUCUCCUGUUUCGCCGUCUCCUCGGUCCCACUAUGAAACAGACGCGCCCAAUAUACUGCAAACAGAGGGGGUGCACCUGCCCCAGAACUGCUUCCUGAGACUAAAAGCCACCCCGGUAACAGAAGCAACCAGCACAACGAUGCCGCCUUUGGCCACCACGCCAGAACCCGUCCCCUCGGCGUCCCCCGUCCCUCGCUCCCCGACCCUUUCGUGCAGCCAAGACGAAGCUAAAUUCCAAACCGGAGGCUUACUGGACUCUAUGCAACCGUCCGAAACCUCAAAGCUCCAGCAGCUGGUGGAGAACAUUGACAGAAAGAUCACGGACCCCAACCAGUGUGUCCUCUGUCACCGCGUCCUCAGCUGCCAGAGCGCGCUGAAGAUGCACUACCGCAUUCACACCGGGGAGAGACCCUACAAAUGCAAAGUGUGCGGCAGGGCUUUCACCACCAAGGGGAACCUGAAGACCCACGUCAGUGUUCACCGAGAAGAUGCCCCCGUUCAAGUGCAGCACUCUUGUCCCAUUUGCCAGAAGAAGUUCACCAACGCGGUUGUCCUUCAGCAGCAUAUCCGCAUGCACAUGGUGGGACCGGUUCCGGACUCGACCCUGGUGGACGGGCUGCAGGAGAUGGACGUCGAAGCAUACCUCAACGAGAGAAGCUUUAACAGCCUCAGCAGCAACGACAAUGACCUUGUGGAUGAUGUCUCAAUGGAGGACGAGGACGAGGAAGAGGAGGUAGAAAACAUGGAAGAUGUUGUUAAUCCAUCCAAACCCUUGAUUUUUGAAUGUAAUUCUCCUCCUAAGUCCCCCAGCAUUGUUUACAGUUUAGCUGCACUGGAGAACCAAAUGAGGAUGAUUGACUCCGCUUUGAGCCUAAACCACUCCUUCGCCAUAAAACCCCUGGCAAAUGGCUUCAAUGACUUGAAUGGCAAAAACAACACGAAAUACUCGCCACCUGAGAAAAGGCCACAGAAUUGCAGCGCCAACGCGUCGGAGUCGUCCCGUUCGCCCCGCGUGUGCGUGUCCCCGGGUCCGAGCAGCUCCGAGGGCCUGACCGUGAACCCCACUCCGGUGAGCAGCAAAAGGCCAGAGCCCCAGGAGCCUUCUGCAGCCUCGGUGAAGAGGGAGCAAUGCGAGUCUCCUCCCUCUGCAGCGGCGCAGGAGCUGAGAGGAAUACGGGCCGGAGAGCUCUGUGUGAAACAGGAGACUCCUUAUUGUAUGUCCUUCCAGCUGAGCAGAGAAAGAGCCGCAGGUCACAGCAUCCCCAUCCAGGUCACCAGCACGCCGUCGGGCCUGGUUAAAGCCGAGGUGAACGGUCGCGGCCCCCCAAUCACCCCGUCCGAGGGCCAGCACCCACCGUUCAGCGUCCACGUCCCCCCGGCGUACGCCCCGGGAGUGGCCUCCUCCCUCCUCGGCCCGCCGCCCUCCCGGCGAAUGCCGAAGCAGCACAACUGCAACGCCUGCGGGAAGAACUUCUCGUCGGCCAGCGCCCUGCAGAUCCACGAGCGCACGCACACCGGAGAGAAGCCGUUCGUGUGCUCCAUCUGCGGCAGGGCUUUCACCACCAAAGGCAACCUGAAGGUCCACAUGGGAACUCACAUGUGGAAUAACGCGCCGGCCAGGAGAGGUCGGCGUCUGUCGGUGGAGAACCCCAUCGCCCUGCUGAGUGGGGAGGCGGGGAAGUUCGGAGAGAUGUUUCAGAAGGACCUGGCCGCUCGAGCAAUGAAUGUAGACCCCGGAUUUUGGAACCGCUACGCCACAGCCAUCGCCAACAGCCUGGCCACCAAGAACAACGAGAUCUCAGUGAUCCAGAACAGAGGCAUCUCUCAGCUGCACCCUCUGACUGCAGGCAUGAACAGAGUGAGCACCACAGGAAGCCCGAUAACCAGUCUAACCAAGACCGGCAUGGACCUGGGAAAUAAUAGGCAUUUUUCUAUGCUCAUCGAUGAUAGCAAAGAAAUUGGAAUCAAUUGAAAAGAUGAAUGGAGACUUGAUACUUAUGCAAUCAAUUAUGGACAUUAAAAUAUUUGUAAAUCA